AUGAACAAUUCUGACUUCAGGAGUCUGGCAACAAGUUCCGGAGAGUCUGCGAAACGAGAUGGCACCCAGGCGACAGCCAAGUCUGCCUUGGGCUCAAGGUCCCGCGGCGCUCUGGGAAUGGCACCACGGUCACUCGCCGGAAGAUCGGGACAGAAUCUCUUUGCCAAAGCCUCCUCUGAGCGCAAGAAAGACAGCGACGGCGGUCCACCUGCAAAACGAUUCAAGGCAAUUGCAACACCCCGCGGAGUGAAGCUCGCGCAGGGCUACUCUGACAGAGCUACAUCGCGCAACGACGCCGGCGAAGAAGAUGGGAAGGUCAAGAAGCUGAAAGAGCUGGAGCAGAUGGUCAAGGACGAGAAGAUCGACCAGGCUACUUUUGACAGGUUGCGAGAAGCGAUGGGUAUCGGUGGUGAUCUCUUUACAACUCAUCUCGUGAAAGGACUUGACUUUAAGCUGCUGGAACGUGCGCGGCAGGGAGAAGAUCUGAACACUUCACAAAAAGGUGCGGACUCGGCGCAGGACCAAGGUGGCGACCUUGACGAGGCACUGGAUAAUGUUCUGGAGAAGGAUGUGGUUGCGCCAACUCGAGACAAGAAAACUAGCGAUGCAGCAGGAACAGAUACAGCCCAGACGCAGGCCCUCAGCAGAGACGAGAUCCUACGCAGGUUGAAGGAGAGUAGGAGUAGUGCACAAAAGCCUGCACCAGAGCCUGCACUGGGAGAUCGAUUCAAAAAGGUCCAGCCUACCGACAAGCCCAGCAAAAAGAAGUUCAUUGAGGCCAUUAAUGGCCGCAGGAGAGAGGUCCUGCUCGUCACACAGGCCGACGGCUCGACAAAACGCAAGUCAAGAUGGCUCGACCCAGAGCCUGCAGCGCAGAAAGAGCAGCAACCGCUAGGUAUGGAAGUGCCAGCAGAACUUGUCGCGAGGCAGAAGGCGCGUGAGGCCGAAGCAGCUGCAGAAGAUGAGGACGACGACAUUUUCCAGGGUAUCGGCGCUGAGUAUGACCCAUUGGCGGGCAUAAACUCUGAUGCUGAAGAUGAGCCCGCAGAACGACCGGCGGACGAGCAGAAGGAAUCGUCGAAGCCUGUCUCACGUAACUACUUCGGAAGUGCCGAGGCGGAUGAGUUCAAAGACCAGGAGAAAUCCAAACAGCGCGAUGCCACCUUGAUGGCAGCAUUUCAGAAAGCAGCAGCGAUGCGUCAAGAUGAUUCCAGAAAGCCCGAGCAGAGUGACAUUGAUCAGUCAGAUAAAAGCAAACAAUUUCUAGCGAGGCUUAAAGAACAGGAACGCAAGGACCAGCAAGACCUGGACCUCGGCUUCGGUGGUACCAGGGACUAUGGCGAUGACGACGACGACGCUCCAAUCUACGACGAAGGGGACGACGACGGCAAAGCGGCCAAAGCCACACGCAAACGUGGUGGCAAGAAACGCAAGGGCGACAAGGAUAAUGUUGCAGAUGUGAUGAGUGUCCUCGAAGGUCGUAUUAAGAAAUGA